ACACCUUUUAGAAAUUCUCGGAAUAUUUACACAAUAAUUAUUAAGUACUUAGUUUGUUAAAACAAAAAUGUCUUACAUAAUAUUUCAGUACUGAAUUUUUACUAUGACCAUUCAGUUCAAAGCAUUAUACAUUAAAAAGUAAGUAUUAUAAUUAGUCAAUAAUCAUAAAAGAUCUCUAAACAACUAGUAAUUAUUUUGAAUGACUUUCGAACUCGAAAAAAAGAGUAAAAUUUUACAUUGGGCAUAAAAUUUGCAUACAUUUUUGAAAGUAAUAAUUCAAACGUUUAUUACAUAAAACAUGCGUUGCAUAACAAAAAUGUUUUGGGUAAAUUGUACUUAAUUGAUAUACUGUCUAUCGCUACAUCGUACAAUGGAUAUCUUUUCUCCCAGCAUCACUGACUACAUAGUAGUUACAUUUCACUUUUUUUUCGCUUGCCGCUCAAGGCACGCGUCUGCGCCGUCGCUGUCAUAAUCACACACGAAUAAAAUAGUUUUGAAUUGCUUAAGUGUUCACUCGUCAUGUAGAAGCAUUACGUAUUGUUACUCUUAAUUUGCACAAUUUCGUUUUAUGCAGCUCUCUUAUGUUAUGUCCUAUCAUUUGUUUUUUUGUUCUUUGAAAUUUUUCAGUGUUUGUUUCGCAGCUCGUGAUGUUGUGGGCGCCUAAAUUUUCAGUUCCUUGUUUACAUAAUUAUGUAUUGUAAAAUGCACAAACUGUGUUCAUAGUUUUUGGAGAGUGAAUCUUAUGUAGUGCAUGUCUUGAAGUUGCACCAGAGUAGUGGAGACGAGAUGACUAAUUCACAGGUGUGGUUCCGUGGCGUGAGAAGCUCGAAGUUCCGCCAUGUGUACGGCGUUCCCUUCAAGCGGGAACGUUGUUACGACAACAUAAAAAUCACGAGGAAUGCGCACGACUCCAACUUUUGCGCGGUGAACCCUAAAUUUGUCGCUAUAGUCACAGAAGUCGCUGGCGGCGGCGCCUUUCUGGUUCUACCAUUGGACCACACUGGUCGUCUAGAUUUCAACGCGAGUCGCGUCACGGGCCACAAAGGGCCGGUGCUGGAUAUCAAAUGGAACCCGUUCAACGAUAACAUCAUAGCCUCGUGUUCCGAUGACUGCACGGUAAAACUAUGGCACAUCCCAGACGGAGGGCUGUCGAUGCAUUUGACAGAUUGGCUUGUGGAACUCCACGGCCACAAGCGGCGCGUAGCCUACAUCGAGUGGCACCCCACCGCCGAGAACAUUCUGCUCAGUGCUGGAUUUGAUUACUUGAUCUUUGUAUGGGAUGUGGGUAAAGGCGAAGCGGUUAAGGUGAUCGACUGCCACAGUGACGUCAUAUACUGCAUGUCCUUCAACCGCGAUGGAUCUCUUAUUGCUACUACUUCCAAGGACAAGAAGUUGCGAGUGAUCGAACCGAGACGUGGUAUCGUCCUUUCUGAAGGUCAGUGCCACACCGGCACCAAGGCUUCGAAAUGCACCUUCCUCGGCAGCCAGGGCAAGGUGCUGACCACCGGGUUCUCGCGCUACAGCGACCGGCAGUACGCGGUGUGGGACCAGCACGACCUCAGCAAGCCGCUGCUGUGCGAGACCAUCGACAGCUCCUCCGGGGUCGUCUUCCCGUACUACGACUAUGACACUAACAUGGUGUAUCUCGCUGGCAAAGGCGACGGCAACAUCCGCUACUACGAAGUGGUCGACGAGCCACCAUACGUGCAUUUCCUUAAUCAGUUCCUCUCUGGAAAUCCUCAACGCGGGCUAGGCUUCAUGCCCAAGCGUGGCGUAAACACGUCGAUCUGCGAAGUGUUCCGGUUCUACAAGCUGCAUACGUCGCGCGGCCUCUGCGAACCCAUCUCUAUGAUCGUGCCGCGCAAAUCUGACUGCUUCCAGGAGGACCUGUACCCGGACACGGCGGCGCCGCAGCCCGCCAUCAGCGCGCGCGACUGGCUCAGCGGCAUCAACGCGCCGCCGCUACUCAUCAGCAUGAAGACCGGAGUAACGAUAUCCACACACAAGCCGCGUACAAACAAGGACGCACCAGCGCUUCAGCCGCAGGACGCUAACAACAGGAAGAAGUUCGCGUUCCUGUCGCGCGAGACCACGCCCGACUACCGCCCGCUCGCCACGUGGCAGGACAACCACGACCAAGACGCGCCGCAGGUGCAAGUAACGGAGAAAUGCCAGAAGACGUCCGCGAACCAAAACACCAAGUUCCACCAACUGCAGCGUAUGUUCGGCAAGCAGACGGGCGAGACCGAACCCGUGCCGCUCUACAAGCAGAUCAACCAGGGAGACGUGUUCAACACCGAGCACGAGCUACGUCUGGCUUUCAAUCGGCAAGGCGAAGAGCUGAGGAUCGUGAAACGGCAGUUGCAGCUAAGUCAGCAGAGGGUGCGCGAGCUUGAGCAGCACAUCGCGGCGCUGCAGGCGCGGCUGUAGACACGCGCCUUAACAGUUAAGGCAUUUUCACAUUAUCCCAUAUUCUGACCCACGUAAAAUCUGAAGACUUAUUCCAUAACUUCUUUUGACAUUUAGUGAUUCUUCUUUUUUUUUGUUGGAGGAACAUCUUCAAGGUAAGAAUGAAUGGAUAUCUUCUAGGCAAGCGAGCUUCAACAUAUACUUUAUCCUUACUUUCCAAUAUGCAUGGUCCCAUUUUAAUGGAUAAUCACAACUUUGAUGAAACAACCAGAGUUACUAAAUGUCAAAAAUACGUUACGGACGGGGCAAGUGUUUCUGGUAAAGAUAUUGGAUUGGGCAAUGUGAAAAGCUUUUAAACUUUUCUUUUCAAUUCACCCCGAAAUAGUAUAAUAUCUGAAACUGCAUAAUUAUGUGAGAAAUGUGCUCUCUUUCGCUCUCUAUAAAAUAUUGGUUAUUGAUUGACUCUUGUUCUCUUGUAACAUUCCAAAAUAUAGUGAAUGAAGAAAACAUAAAUUAAGAAAAAUAAUGUCUAAUAAUCGUACAUUGAGAUCUAGAAAGGCUAUGAUUUAUUCGAAAAAAAGGCAUAUCCAAUAAAAAACGUUAAUAAUAAUCGUAUUCAUUAACCGACUUCCAAAAAGGAGGUGGUUCUCAAUUUGGUCCGUUUUUUUUUUACAAGAUAACGAGCCAUUCUUAAACACAAUAUAAUUUGAAUGAAUAAUU